CUCGACUCGCGCGGUCACCCGCUCCGGAAAUCGGUAAAUAACUGGAAAUCGGGAAUUUCGAACUUGCAGACGACAAAUCGAAGUCGGCUCGUAUCAAAAACCCAAAUUAAACCAAAACAGCAUCGCCAAAAGCUUUGUUUGUGUUGCCCAAAGUGGAGGUGUGUGUGCGUCGGAGAUAAAUUCGCAAUCGGGAAAAUUUCUCGUUUUUGGGGGUCGCGGGAUCCUAUCCUCCGGGCGUGUGUUCUUCCCCACCUCUUUGUUGUCCUUAGAUAAGGACGAACGGGCGAAAAGAAAGCAGAAGGAGCAUGUUUUAAGCUGUGACAACAACAACAACAACAAAAGAAAAACAACUUCAGUGUGUGUGCCAAGUGCAAGGAGUUGUAAUUUAUAGUUGCCGAAAUUAAAUUAUGUUAAGUGCCCCCAAUCAGUAAGAAGGUGCAGUGAAACGCGAGCGGCAAAAAACGGGAUCCAGAAAGCAGGCAACAAGGAGGAAUUCGAUAGCAGCAAAAAUUGAAAAGUGAACGCAGAGCUAAAUAAGUUGCAAUGUGAAGAGCCCCCUGAAAGGACAAGUGCGAACCGAGGAACAGGACUUGUCAACGACUGGCAGGAGCAGCUGCCACAGCGGCGAUUGACAGGACAAAAACAAAGGGCCAGAGGACUUCCCCGCUCGAGUGGCACGAACACGAGCAGCAAAAGUUUAGCGUUGUUUUUCCGUUCCAUGGCCCCCGGAAAACUGCAGCAACGGGGCGCAAUGUGCUGGCCAACAACUACCGCAGUCGAAGAAUAGAAAAUCACUCGAAGGCCUUGCCAAAAAAAUAGUAAAAAAAACUAAAGACAAGUAAAGCCAAAAAAAAAAAAGAAAGGGAAGGUGGUGGAGAAACGAGGCAAACGUUGCGGUGCAGCAUAUGUGCUUUCGCUGUGCUUUUUCUGUGAUGCCACAAGGACACAAGGACACUUCAAGUGACAGCAACAUACGCGAGUUUUUCGUUCGUGGAGAGCCUUUCAUCUAAGACGCAGCAGCAGCAGCAGCAUGCGCAAGCACAAAGCGCCGCCCAGCGGCAGUCCAAGGACAAUGCCCCAGGACAUUUCACAAUCGGAUGGGGAGAACCCCACAGCAGAAGCAACGGUGGAAGCCCCACUGCAAAGUCUGUUGUUGGGCCACAAUUCAGCGGAUUCCUCCGCAGCAGCAGCAGCAACAACAGCAGCAACAACAGCAGCAGCAACAGCUAGUCGCCUGGCCCCGCCCCCCUGUCAGCCCCCCAUUAUCAACAGCAACAACAACAAGGAGCGGAAUCGCCCCACAGUCCGGUUCAUAUCCUUGCUGCACGUGGCCAGCUACGUGUUGUGCCUCUGCGCCUUCAGCUUCGCCCUUUACGGCAACGUGCGGCAAACGCGGCUGGAGCAGCGGAUGCAACGCCUCCAGCAACUGGACGCCCGCAUCGUGGAGCUGGAACUGCGACUCGAGCAGCAGCAGCUGCUCCACUGGCCCGCCGAUCAGACACAGAUCCUGGCCAGCAAUCCCAGCGACGUGGCCAGUGGCAGCAACACUAACAACAACAAUAACAACAGUCAACACUUGGCGCUGCACGUCCGGCGGGAGUUGCACCGCCUGCGUCGCGAUGUCUCGCACCUUCAGCUCACGAGGCGCCAGCAGCGGCGGCAGGCGGCAGAGGUGGCGGCAGCGGCCAGCGGAGAGGGGGGAUCCGGCGGCGGUCAGUGCCAGUGUCAAGCAGGUCCUCCAGGUCCACCGGGUCCUCAGGGAAAACGCGGCAAGCGCGGCAAGAAGGGCGACAGCGGCGAGAAGGGCGAUCCGGGCCUGAAUGGCAUCAGUGGGGAGAAGGGCGCGGCCGGAAAGCCGGGUGACAAGGGCCAGAAGGGCGAUGUCGGCCACCCCGGCAUGGAUGUCUUCCAAACGGUGAAGGGUCUGAAGAGAUCGGUGACGACGCUGCAUGGCGGCACGCUGGGCUAUGCGGAGAUAGUUGCUGUUAAGGACUUGCAAGAAGCAGGCGUCAAUGUAUCCGCUUCCACAGUCAUACAGCUGAAGGGAGAGCCCGGUGAGCCGGGUCCGCCAGGACCUCCCGGAGAAGCGGGACAGCCGGGCGUGCCGGGCGAGCGAGGACCACCGGGCGAAACAGGAGCGCAGGGCGUUCAAGGAGAGGCCGGGCAGCCAGGAGUUGCAGGACCUCCCGGCGUGGCCGGCGCACCUGGCACCAAGGGCGACAAGGGCGAUCGAGGCGAUCGUGGACUAACCACAACCAUCAAGGGUGACGAAUUCCCCACGGGAAUCAUUGAGGGUCCGCCGGGACCGGCGGGACCACCUGGUCCGCCAGGAGAGCCGGGAAUUCGAGGCGAGCCAGGACCCAUUGGACCUGCAGGACCUCCCGGCGAGAAAGGACCGCGCGGCAAACGCGGCAAGCGGAUAUUCGGACCCGGCGGCACCAAAAUCGACGAGGAUUACGACGAUCCACCGGUGACCCUUUUGCGAGGACCUCCAGGACCGCCUGGCAUCGCCGGCAAGGAUGGACGCGACGGUCGGGAUGGCGCCAAAGGCGACGCCGGAGAGCCGGGAGAACCGGGAUCCUUGGGUCCGCGAGGACUGGACGGCCUGCCCGGGGAGCCGGGCAUCGAAGGACCUCCCGGCUUGCCGGGAUACCAGGGUCCGCCGGGCGAGAAGGGCGAUCGCGGCGAUAUCGGACCACCCGGACUUAUGGGUCCUCCCGGCUUGCCAGGACCUCCAGGCUAUCCUGGCGUUAAGGGAGACAAGGGCGAUCGGGGUGAUUCGUACCGCAAGAUGCGUCGUCGCCAGGAUGACGGGAUGUCCGACGCUCCGCACAUGCCCACCAUCGAAUACUUGUACGGCCCGCCAGGACCGCCGGGACCCAUGGGUCCGCCAGGACACACCGGCUUGCAGGGGGAGCGCGGCAUGGACGGUCGCAAGGGGGAUCAGGGUGAAAAGGGCCACAAGGGAGAUCAGGGACCCAUGGGUCUGCCGGGUCCAAUGGGCAUGAGGGGCGAGUCAGGACCUUCAGGACCCUCGGGAAAGGCUGGCAUACCGGUGUGGGGCGACUACUAAUACUAGUUAAAAGGCAGUCUCUAUUAAAUAAUAACCAGCACACAUUGCGCCAAAGUCUCAGUGAAAUGCGACUUAAAAUAAAAAAAAACCAUCCAAAACCCACGCACACUUACACCAACACACCAAUACACACACAAACACUCAAACAGAAAGUCCUAAUGAAAAACAUAUGAGGAAGGGAAAACCAAUUUAAUCAAAGCAAAACAAUGUUCAAAGUUACAAAGCCGCGCAACGCUUGUCAAAUGUGCUCAGUUAUCGUCUAUAUAUAUAUUUAUAUAUAUUUAAAUGUGUAUAUGGCAGGCGUAUCAGUGUAUAUGUAUAUCAAUUUGUACAAACACGCACCCAUGUACAGAAAAUUAAAUCGAAAAUCAAAAUAGCAGCAUGUCAGUGGCGAGUAAGCAAAUCAAUUAGUUGCACGAGCCAAGGAAGCGAAAUGCGAAAUGCGAAAUGCGAAUUGCGAAAAACCCUCCACCCGCAUGAGAAAAAAUUAAUAUUCAUAUCAUUUAAAAUGCCCCAAGAGUCAAAUAAGUAUUUAUGUAUACAAGCAAAUAGCGCAAACAAACGUGUGUCCACAGACCGUAUUUACAAACAUCAAUCAAUCGAAUCGAAUCGAAUCGACUAACACACUUUGAACCCACACAACCACACCUGCACCCAUCCACCCACACACCCAUAUACCCACACCCACACACACACAUCAAACACCCGCACAGCAAACCAACUAACAAAUAUGCAAUGCAAAUAUUUUAAUUGCAUUUCAUUCGUUGCCGCAGCAGGAGCAGAAAAGCCUCUUGAAAGUGCAUAAAUCAUACGCACCGUGGUACGUGAAAACAGCCAGCGAUGAGUGCGAUUUCCCUUCAAUCUCAAGUGUUUGCCCGAGUGAGAAGCACUAAUUGCUGGAUUAUGCCGAAACCAGGUCGCAAUCAAUCGGCAAUUGGCUUUAAGUGGUUUAAUUACUUGCGUAAUUAAAUUAUUCUUAACAAUUGAAUCUGAAUCUGAAUCGGAAUCGGAAUCUGGAUCUUCUGCUCCUGCUGCAUCCUGCAUUGUCUUAGGUGCCGUCCAUGGGCUUUUGUCUGAAUAUUCGAAUAAUACUCGUUCACACAAAGCAUUAUCGCCGAAGCUUCAAUGUAAAACACAAAGCUGAGAGCAAAUAUCUAAUAAAUGUGUGUUUUAAUAAGGGAUUGUGCUAAUCAAACAGCAAAUUGUAAGAUAUUUUCAACCAGAUCUCUCUCGAUGUUCACAAAUGCCUAGAGCAAUAAUGUCUACAAGUUAUAGAUAUUGUUUACUUACACACAAGACAUAUUAAAGAGAUUUAUACAUACAAUACAUAACGAAGAGCUAUCCAACCCAAUUGUGCAUAUUUUUCAGUGUUAAUAAAACUUCAAUAAAUCAACAAAAAAAAAGCGCAGAAUCUAGUUAGGCUAAAGUUAAACUCCAUAGUCGAAAAGAAGUCAUGCUUUCCAAUUCAAAACAAGCUUGGCAACGAAAGUGGAGAACUAACUCCCCUGCGAAUGCGAAAUAUCAACAAUAAAUACAUAAUCUUACCACGAGUAUGUAUCCUAUUGGUUUCAUGGACAUCUCAAACAAAGUAACGCAAACAAUUCUAUUUAUACAAGAAGAAAAAUGAAAGCAUAAAAAUUAACGUUUACGAGCAUUUGCUGCAUUUUCAAUUCCAACGGCCAAACUAGGCAAAGGACGCAUAAAACGGGCCGAAAAGCAAACAUAAUCAAUGCAAAUGAAAUAAUGCCAUGGAAAUAUGAUAAUAAAAGUAUAUACUGCCGUUUGACAGCCUCAGCCCAGCGUAUUUUCGCAUCGACAGCAAGACCCAUAAAAAUUGAAUGGGAAUUAUUGAAUAUGCAAAUGGGAAAUGGAAAUGUUUGCAGCUUUAAGGUUUACUCUCGAAAAGCAAACGGCAUCGAAAAUCAGAAAGAAUAUGUCAAUUUGUUUUCAAUUAGAUGUGUCUCGUUGUUGUAAUAAUCCCCAAAUGGAAAACAGAAUACACAGGCAAUUUGCAUGUCAAUUUUCAUUUAAUCCUCUAAAUGUCAAACACACCCAACAAAGUGUACAUACGCUACCGCAAAUAACGCAACUUAAUCGUAAUUAAUUAUUAAUUUUCUAGCUGUUUUCGACCUCUCAACGUGUUUACUUGCAUCUAGCGCUCUAUAUACUCACUCUUAACUCUCUAGAUUCCUUCACUUGCUAACUACGAACUCGACUCUCUCGAUCCAUAGGCUAGAAUAAUGAAUUGUGUUUUCGCGAUUGAAACCUAACAUUAACCUAUAAAUAACAUUAAAAAAAAAGGUUAAGCCCCUAAUAAGCCGCUAACAAUAAUUGUAAGUGUAAAUUUGUUAAUUACCCAAUAAACAAGAAGAGUUUGCAAACGAAAAAAACAAAUAUACAAAUAUAUAUAUAAAUAUAUAUUUACGUGUAUUUAUGUCUAUAUACAUGCAUAUACCGAAUGUGGAUGUGCAAGUGCAUUAUGCCAUCACAAACACGAAAUACAAUAUUUUUAUCCGUGCUGCUGCAUUUUAAAUGUAUAAUUCGAAUAAAAUAAAAAAAGAAUGUGAGUUCUGGUAAUUAUUUGCCGUAGCAUGUGCGAAUUGAAACGACAAACAUUCGACAGAAUGACCGAAUUGUAAAAUGGCUAAAUGAAACUAACAUAAUUUUCGAAUUAAUUAUGCAUUUCCAAUAAAGUGAUGGUUUUUUACUAAACAAACAAACAAAACCAAGGUCCGCAGGACACCAAAUACUCAUUUGCGAGGCAGGUUUUCCAUUUCCAGCCGCUCUGCUAACCACACGCUUUUCCACUCUCUUGUUU